UCCCUUCCCGUUCUGGCAAACCCUCUCCGCCCACCGGACUACCGACGAUGGCGCCGUCGACCUACGCUCUCUGGUUAUCCUCCUAUCGUGCCCCCACUACUGCCUCAUACACCUCCGCCGAAUGAAAUCAUACCCCUGUACCCUCCCCCACACUCCUCUUGGCACAUAAGGAAAGCGGCUUCCACUAGACUCGCCGGGAAAUCUCAGGCUUCCACACUGUGUCCCCUUUAGCUUUACUUGCCUCGUCAUAUAUUCACCGGCUUUGGAGCUUCAAACUGGCAGUCACAAAAAGACCCAAACCAACACACUGAGGGAUGGAGGCCCUUGUCUGUGCAGCACAUGGAGCCAUGGUCUCCCUACUAAGGAAACUGGGUGAUUUGCUCUCUGAUGAAUUCAAGCUUCUCACUAGGGUGAAACGUGAUCUCGUGUUUCUCAAGGCUGAGCUUGAGAGCAUGCAUGCUUUCCUCAAGAUGAUGUCUGAGGUUGAGGACCCAGAUGAGCUGUCCAAGUGCUCCAUUAAGGAGGUGCGGGAGCUGUCCUACGACAUGGAGGACGGCAUUGACAAUUUCAUGCUAUCCCACGGUGUUCACUCCAUCCGCAAACCCCGUGGCUUCAAGGGUCUCGCUGGCAGGUGCAUGGACUUACUUACAAAUUCCAAGACACGCCAUCGGAUUGCCAAGGAAAUAAAAGUUCUCAAACGUGGCGCUAUGGAGGCUAGCAGUCGGCGUGCCAGGUACAAGGUUGAUGCUGGUGUAUCCAGGCUGAGCAGGACAAGCAUAGACCCUCGCUUACCAGCAUUUUUCACGGAGAUGACGAGGCUUGUUGGCAUCGAGGGCCCAAGGGAUAAUCUCGUCAAGUUGCUAACAGAAGGGGAAGGUGCAUUGGUGCAGCAGCUAAAGGUAGUGUCAAUUGUUGGAUUUGGAGGCCUUGGAAAAACUACUCUCGCUAAUCAAGUGUACCAGAAGCUCAAGGGGAAAUUUGAAUGUCAAGCUUUUGUGUCGGUGUCACAAACCCCUAACCUGAAGAGGAUUUUAAGAAAUAUACUCUUCCAGAUCUGCUGCCAAGAGCAUGUCAGCAACGAAGCAUGUGAUGAGCAGCAACUCAUCAACACAAUAAGACAAGUCCUCAAGGAUAAAAGGUACUUCAUAGUAAUCGAUGAUAUAUGGAGCUUGUCAGCAUGGAGAGCUAUCAAAUGUGCUUUUCCUGAAAAUAGUUGUUCCAGUAGAAUACUGACAACAACGCGUAUUGUCACGGUAGCCAAGUAUUGUGCCUCUCAGCACCAUGAUCGUGUGUAUGACAUAAAGCCUCUUAGUGCAACUCACUCUAAGGGCUUAUUCUUCAAACGAGCUUUUGGCUCUGAAUGUGGAUGCCCUCUUCAUCUAAAGGAAGUUUCAGAUGAAAUAUUAAAAAAAUGUGGUGGCUUGCCAUUGGCGAUCAUUACAGUAGCUAGCUUGUUGGCAAAUAAAGCUAGUACCAAAGAAGAAUGGCUGAGGAUACGGAAUUCUUUUGGUUCAGAACUGGAAAAGGAUUCAGAUAUGGAAGAGAUGAAAAAGAUAUUGCUCAUUGGUUACAAUGAUCUCCCCUACCAUUUGAAGACAUGUUUGCUAUAUCUAAGUAUAUUUCCUGAAGAUUACAAGAUCAAGAGGGAUCGGCUAGUAAGGAGAUGGAUCGCUGAAGGCUUCAUCACCACAGAAGGUGGACAGGAUCUGGAGGAAGUAGGAGAAGUAUACUUUAAUGAUCUGAUCAACAGAAGCUUGAUUGAACCAGUUGAAAUCCAAUAUGAUGGUCGAGCUGAUGCUUGCCGUGUCCAUGAUAUGAUUCUUGACCUCAUUAUAUCCAAGUCGCAUGAAGAAAAUUUUGUAACCUUAUCUGCUGACAAAAAUCUCAACUCGCUGCAGCAUGACAAGGUUCGCCGUCUAUCCCUCAACUAUCAUGCUCGAGAACAUACUAUGGUACCAUCAAACAUGAUUAUGUCUCAUGCUCGAUCUCUCACUAUCUUUGGAUGUGCUGAACAUAUGCCUUCUCUUUCAAACUUGCAAUCCUUAAGAGUGCUAGAUCUAGAAAAUAGAGAGGUGUUGGAACCUGAUUAUCUUAAACACAUAAGCAGGCUAUCUCAGCUGAAGUAUCUGCGUCUCGAUGUAAGAAGAAUUACUGCACUUCCCGAACAGCUAGGGAAGUUGUGUAAUUUGCAGACGUUAGACUUAAGAUGGACAUGGGUAAAACAGUUACCAGCGAGUAUUGUUCAACUACAGCAACUGGCAUGUCUCUUGGUUAACAGUGCAGAGUUGCCUGAAGGGAUUGGGAAUAUGCAAGCUUUGCAGGAAUUAUCAGAGAUUGAAAUCAAUCAGAACACCUGUCUGUCCUCUUUGCAGGAGCUGGGUAGUCUGACCAAACUAAGAAUACUUGGGCUGAACCUGAAUUGGCACAAAAGUAAUGCAAACAGUGGCAUGGAAGCUUCUGUAGAUAACUUGAUCCUGUCCCUCCGCAAACUAGGCAUGCUCAACCUUCGUUCACUACAAGUUCAAAGCUACCAUUCUUGUUCCCUUGACUUCUUACUUGAAACUUGGUCUCCUCCUCCUCGAUUACUCCAGAUAUUUGAUAUGUCCACAAACUACUAUUUUCCCAGAAUCCCAAAGUGGGUAGCCUCACUUGAUUAUCUCUCUUACCUAGGAAUCUAUGUAGAUCCAGUGGAUGAGGAAACAUUCCAAAUCCUUGGGGACUUGCCCUCUCUAUCAUUUCUCUGGAUAUCCUCAAGAACAGCAAGACCUAAAGAUAGGCUCGUUAUCAGCAGCAACGGAUUCCGAUGCCUGAAGGAGUUUUACUUCACCUGUUGGGAAUCCGGAAGAGGACUGUUUGUUGAAGCAGGAGCCAUGCCUGAGCUUGAGAAGUUCCGAGUUCCAUUUAAUGCGCAUGGUGUGUUUUCUUUGUGUGGCGAUCUUGAUUUUGGCAUCCAAAAUCUUACUUCGCUCAAGCAUCUCCAUGUCGAGAUUGUCUGUUAUGGUGCGAAGGUUAGGGAGGUGGAGGCCUUGGAGGAUGCUGUCAAGAAUGCCGCUGGCUGUCUUUCAGAUGAGUUCACUCUUGAAGUUAGUAGAUGGGAUGAAGAAGAGAUCGUUAAGGAUGAUGAGCAUAAACUGGCAGAAGCGGAGGCUGAUGCUGAGAAUUGAGUGCGUAACACAUAAUUGAGGGUUCAUGAUAGGUGUUCAUUUUGAGGUGCUGAAAAUUGCUACAGCGACAUCUUGAUUAGCUGAAUACUCAAUGGGGAAUGUUCUUAGCAACGUUUUAUAUCUGCUCAUUUGUGGUAUUCCGCUCAGUAAUGGGUCUAGCCUUGUGCUCUCAGUCAGCCAUCAAUGGGUGGUACAUUUGUUGUUGGAACCUUUCAUGCUAGAAAUGUGUGACCACGUCAUCUAAAUGUUCGAUGGUCCCAUUUGGAACAUUGAAAUUUGUUUCUAUGUCUGCGGGGAAUGGACUAAUUGGUUGACCGUCGAGACUUUGAAUUGCUUGAUAUAAACUAUUUGACUGUCCAAUUCCAACUCCUGUUUUUGAUGUACAUUUUUGUUGAUUUGGGUUUGAAUAUGUCGUUAUGUGGUCAUGUAACAGGGUUGUUGUGAUUCCACUUUAGUGAUAAGUUCUUUUUUA